AUGGCAUUUAAUGCGUUUGCGAGCUCGACAGCACCGGGCUUCGGUGCUGCGUCGACGCCGGCUGGAGUAUGCGGCUUUGGCCACGCCGGAGGUGUCGCGCCCACCGCACCUACGGGAGCUGGCGGCUUCAACGCAGCCCCCGCCUCGGCCCCGACUUCGGGGUUCAACUUCGGCUCGGGCACGUCAGCUCCCGCUGCUGCGACGCCGACUGCGUCGACCGUGGGCUUCGGAGGAUUCAGCGCUGGCCAUGCGGCAUCCACGUCCGUUCCGGCGGCCAGCGGCUUCUCAACAGCCCCGCAGCCCCCGGCGAGCACGCCGACACCGUUCGGUGGCAGCGGAUUCGGCCCUGGUGCGGCCGCGUCGGCAACCGCAGCUCCGGCAGCCUCUACGCCGUUUGCCGCUGCGAGCAUCCCGGCUGCACCCGUCUCCGGUGGGGGAGGUGUCGGCGGCACGACAGGCAGCGCGGCCGCAACUCCCUUCAACGGCUUCGGCACCAACGCGGGCGCCACUCUCGCUGCCCCGGUCGGUGCCGCCCCUGCCACCGCCCCGGCGAGUGUGUCGCCGGCUUUGGGAGCCUUUAACUUUGCCACUGCCUCGGUUGCUUCAGCUUCGGCCGCAACGGCACCGGCGAACUUCGGGCCAUUUGGUGGUGCAGCUGCUGCAGCAGCGCCGGCGCCAGUGGCGCUGACGGCUUCUGCUGAAGGCGCCAAGGCGCCCUCCAACGCAGGGUUUGGGCCCAACUCCGGAAGCAGUGCCCCUAGUGCCGGUUUACCAGUCGCUGGCGCGGGCACGAGCGGUCUUGCGGCUGCUGCAGCCGGCUGUGGUGAUAAGAGCGCGGCCCCAGUACCCGCCGGCGGCGGCUUCAACUUUGCCGGUGCCGCAACCACGGCCCCCGUGACAGCCGGUGGGUUCAACCUAGGCAGUGCGGCCUCAGCGCUUGCCGCUCCAGCGGCAAACAAGACGCCAGUCCCUGCUGCUGCAGUCCCUGGGGGCUUUAGCUUUGGCGGUGCAGCGUCGAGCCCUGCGGCAGCUCCGGCUGCGGCCUCCGCAGCCGGUGGGUUCGGCGUGACGUCGGCUACUCCAGCUCCGGCUGCUGCACCCGCGGCCGCUCCUUCCAUCAGUGGUGGUUUCACCUUCGGCAGCACGGGUGCUGCAGCAGCGUCAUCCGAUGCAGCAACGGCCGCCGGUGCCACAGCGCCUUCAGCAGUGACGGGGUCUCCUCCGGCAGCAGCGACAGGUGUAAGCGCCACGUCCGCUACGGCGGGUGUGGCAUCAUCCGCAAAAAGAGCUGAGAACGCACCGCCCUCGUCGGCCGCCGCAGCUACCGCCGCCUCGCCGUCGCAGGAGUUCGACGGAAAGAGCCUUGCUGCGGUUUUGCGCAAGCUAGACGUUGAUAUUUCCUUCGAUCAGCGGCACUUUGCCGACCUUGCCCGCCACGUUGUGGCGCGUGACCGACAGAUCAUGACGCGUGGUCGGGAGUUGGCCGAAGUUCAGUCAGUCAUGAAGGAUGCCUUGACGGCGGCAAAAAGUGCCGAGGCGACGUUGGCGGAGUGCAAGCAGCGCCAGACAGCCCUCUCUGAGUACUUGCAGUCUCUGGAAGACAAGAUACAGCCGUACUACGCGCAAUGGGAGCAGCGACAGCAGCAGCAGCAGCAGCAGCAGUCCCAUUCGGUAGACCCUUGUGGCGCGGACCAGCAGCGUGCUGUCACGUACGACAAUGCCAUGGCGCUGCUGGAAGAGGUUCAGGGCGUGGAGGAGAAGGUGGGACGUGCCGUGCGCCAGCACAAUCACUCGCGCGAUGAGCUGCUGGGACUCAGCGAGAUUGAGGGUACGAUGCGGUUGAUUGACGGGCAGCUGUGCGCACUGCAAUGCUGCUCGGCGCUGGCAUCCGCGCUAGAGAUGGAGCUUGAUCGCUUGCUUGGGAAAGCGGCGUAG